CGAACGACGUUUUGUAUGCCAUACCACUGAGAGAUGUCAGGUACUCAACGUCAGUCGCAGGUCACGGGUGGAGGUCCACCCUACCGUUCAAACACUGCAGGCUUAGGCGGAAAACCCGAACUGAUCCCUGAUGUGCCGAUCAGCGCGGUCUUUCUCGCUCUCUAUCUCAUCUUCGGUGUGAUCCAUAUCAAGAUCUUCAAGAACAACAAGGGUCGUGGGCACAAGUUCGUCUUCAAUGGCGCCAUUCUUGGUCUUUGCAAAAUCCGAAUCAUCACCAUGUCCUUGCGGAUAGCAUGGGCCUGUCAUCCAAAGAACAUUGGCCUAGCCAUAACAGCCAACGUCUUCGUCUAUGUCGGCACUAUAAUCCUGUACAUGGUUGACUGGUUUUUCGUUCAACGAAUUGUUCGCGGGCAACACGCGCGGAUCGGAUGGUCGACACCAUAUCGCAUUUUCCAUCGAGGAGCCCUUGCAUGUCUAGUAAUCAUGCUAUUCAUGCUGAUGACUGCAUCAAUCUGGCAAUCCUUUACCCUUAACUCUGAAAAGCUGCGAAUCUUUCACGCCAUUUUCGUCACUGCUCAGACGUACUUCACGGUCUUUUGUCUUGCACCGGCAGUCCUAGUCCUUCUUUCGUUCACCAUUCCGCGGACGGAAGUGGAGAAGUUUGGGGCCGGUCGCCUGGGGAUCAACAUCAUUAUCCUUCUUAUUGCCGUCGCGGUACUAUCUGUUGGUCAGAUUUUCCGCUGUGUCUUGGCUUGGCUUCCGUCCACUCCUUUGCGGAAUGCUCAAGGUCAGCCCGUCGACACGCCUUGGUAUCUGCAUAAGGCUUGCUUCUAUGUGUUCAAUUUCGUCACGGAGAUCAUCGUCAUCAUCAUGUUCGCUCUGGUCCGCGUCGAUCUACGCUUCUACAUUCCAAAUGGAUCGAGGAUAGCAGGCGAUUACUCCGGGCGUAACAGCCGUUACACUGUCAAUACCAUCGACAGCGAGAAGGAUCUUACCCAGGCGGGUGGUGUGUCAAUGACGCAUCAGAACAACUCCAGUCAGACUCUGCACCAAUACCAGACAUCCGUGUUCGAAGACACCCACACACUAGCCGACUCGCUGAAGUACGGCUCAUCAACUUUGGAAGUGGAUAAAAAGACAGGCAACUGGAAGGUCAAACGCGUGUCAACCGAGUCGACAAGCGCGCGGAACAGCCUCCACUCCUCCAGGGGGUCAGCAGUAUCCCAUCACGAUCGGAAAUCUCUCGUCAACGGCGACAUUCCACCCGUCCCAGAUAUUCCUACACAGUGGCCUCUUCCGGACUCUGCGCCACCACACAGCUCAAAGCCCGUCUUGGAACACCCCAACCCGCAGUCAAGAAGAGGCACCCCAAAGCGAACUUUCGAGAUCGAAGGCCACCACCUCAAUGACUUCGACAUAGGCGACGCCGUCACAGACGCCUUGACGAAACUAGAGCAAAACAGCGACAAGAAUAAACUGCACCCACCAACGCCGCCACCUCACUACAACUGCUGUACAGCGCCUAUCGAAGUCUACAAACCUACCUUACCAGGCAAAAACGAGAAACAACCCGCAACAUGCCCAACGUGCCGCAACCACUCAACAGACCCGUCAAACUCCACCCUCAGCUCCACCCAGCAAAACAACGACCCGCAAAGCUCCUCCAGCUCCGACACAACAAAUGCAUCCACCCAACCCGACGCACCGAAACGCCCUCAGACUCCGACGCAGAUGCCACAACAAGCCACAGCGGCAUUGACCUCGCAUCCAACAAGGCAGCAGCAGCAGCAGCAGCAGUCCAGUAGUAGCGGUACACGCUCUGUUUCCGAUUCUGCCGCCGUCACACAUGCGUCUUCGUCGUGGUAUCGUAGUAGUGGUAGUACGUCGAGCUCAGCAGACGCAAGGGACUACGCGUCAGCGCAUGAGGAGGAGGUUAAGCGCGUGAGUUUUGACUCGGCGCCCGCGCUUGUUUCGCCGAUUCGGGAGAUGAAGCCUCAGCGCGGGAGUUUGAUGAGGUCAUGACUCUUUUUGUCUUUUUCGUAUAUGGAAGGGUGUACAAACUGGGAUUUGUGAGAGGUGUUUUGUUUCGGCGUUUUCUUUGUCGGGAGAGGAGUGGAGAGGUGAGGGCAUGAAUGAGAUAGCGUGUUUUCCUGUAUAUACGAG